UACCCGUAUUAUAUCUACGGAUCUACCCUACCCGUAUUAAAUGCUGCUACGCCUAUUUCCCAUUCCUCCCAUAUCUGGAUUUCCAUUCCCCCUUGUCUCUGAAAACCUAUCCUGCAUCCCACGCGACGGCGCGUGUUUCCCGCUCGCCUUCGUUCAAUUAACCUGAAAAUGGGUCAAUCCGCCUCCACCCACGGCUAUUCCCCCGGCGGUUCGAACCAUUUUCGAAACCCCAAGCUUGACCUUCACCAGCUCCGCCCUACCUACCCCGAUUCCCUCCAUACCGACGCCGUUUGCGUGAAUCACCAACAACAACUCGACUACUCAUCGGAGAUCCCCGACGAAUGCCUCGCCCUGAUCUUCCAAUCCCUCAGCUCCGGCGACAGGAAGCGCUCCUCCCUCGUCUGCCGCCGAUGGUUCUCCGUCGAGGGGCAGAGCCGCCACCGCCUCGCCCUCAACGCAUCCGUGGACGUCGCCGGCCACCUCCCCUCCAUCUUCACGCGCUUCGAUUCCGUCACCAAACUCGCCCUCCGCUGCGACCGCAAGUCCGUCAGCAUCAACGACGACGCCCUGAGCCUGAUCUCCCUCCGCUGCCGCAACCUCACCCGCCUCAAGCUCCGCGGGUGCCGCGAGAUCUCCGACCUCGGUAUGCUCGCCCUGGCCUCAAAUUGCAGAUCCCUGCGCAAAUUCUCCUGCGGAUCGUGUAUGUUCGGCGCCAAAGGUAUGAACGCCCUCCUCGAUAACUGCUCCUCCCUAGAGGAGCUCUCCGUCAAGCGCCUCCGCGGAAUCAACGACGGAUUCGCCGCCGAGCCGAUCGGCCCCGGUGUCGCCGCCGCCUCGCUCAAAUCAAUCACGCUCAAGGAGCUCUACAACGGCCAGUGCUUCGGCCCCUUAAUUAUCGGAUCUAAGAAUCUAAAAACUCUGAAAGUCUUGAGGUGUUUGGGCGAUUGGGACAGAUUACUAGAAACAAUCACAAAAAGAAAGAACUGUUUGACCGAGAUUCAUCUGGAGAGGCUGCAGGUCAGUGAUUUAGGGCUAAUGGCACUUUCAAAGUGCCCCGAGUUGGAGAUCUUCCACUUGGUCAAAGCUCCCGAUUGUUCGGAUGACGGGAUUUUAGCAAUCGCAGAGAAUUGCAAGCUUUUGAGAAAGCUCCAUAUCGAUGGGUGGAGAACAAAUAGAAUAGGCGAUGAGGGUUUGAUUGCAGUUGCCAAGAACAGUGUGAAUCUUGUGGAGUUGGUUCUUAUCGGUGUAAACCCUAGCUCCAUAAGCUUGAUGGCUAUGGCUUCCAAUUGUCAGAAGCUGGAAAGGUUGGCUCUCUGUGGGAGCGAAACCAUUGGAGAUCCCGAGAUUUCUUGCAUAGCCUCUAAGUGUAUGGCUUUGAAGAAGCUAUGUAUCAAAGGGUGUAGGGUUACAGAUUCGGGAAUCGAGGCUUUCGCUUUUGGCUGUCCGAAUUUGGUUAAGAUUAAGGUCAAGAAAUGCAGAGGGGUAACUAGUGAAGUUGCUGAUUGGCUGAGGGCAAGGAGAGUGACAUUGUCGGUGAAUUUAGAUGCCGAUGAAAUAGAACCAGAAGCGUUGGAUGCCAGCACGAGCGAUGGUGGGGUGCAGGAAUACGGUGUGGAAUUCCCCGCCAUAGCCGGUGGAGCAGCAGCGGGCGGACAUGUGGCUGCAGAUGGUGGUGAUGCUCCGUCGACGAGUAGUGGGGGUCGAUUGGGGAAUAAGUCGAGGUUUAGCAUAUUUGCCGGGAGGAGUCUUGUGGCGUGUGCUUUUCGAAGGUUGUCUUCUUCGAAUGGUAAUGGUAGUACGAGUGAUAGCUUAUGAACUAAACUGAACCCGGACCCGGACCCGAACCCGAACCCGAACUCUGGUUCAGAUUCUGGACUUCUUGUUGUUGUUUGUUUUUCGUUCUUUAUUACUGAAGUUGUGUUUGUUGUAUAUUUUGCUUUAAUGGUGAUUGAAUUUGUGAAACACUGAAGACCCCUUUUUUACUAUGAUUCUAUGUUUGAUGAUUGUAUAUUUUUGUGUGCUGUGUUGUUCAAUAGGUUGCUUCUUCUGCCGCACGUGCAAUUUUGUUCGAAUAGCGGUAUUCGCCGUGUGUGUUCUUUUUCGUCUUUUGCAUAAGCCCAAGAAAUAGCAAAAAUGUACCCUAAUGGAAACUCAUUUGUGAGAUUCUUUGGUACUGAAUUGUUUCUGC